GCUUUCAAUCGUGUGUUGCCUAGUAUGAAUCCACAGGAGUUUGGUACUAUGGUUUGGAUGGGACAGCUUGCAUCGCCGCUUGAUGAGAACAUAACAAAUUACUACGGACCACCGCCGGUACCAAGCGUUAUGGAAGACAUCACACAACAAACCCAAACUAUGGACAUGAAUCCUGCUGCCAUUAGUUCGCUCAUGAGUGAAUACGGUGGUCACUUGACGGCUAUAACCACGCCGUCCGGUUUGUCCACAGUGCCAAAUGCUGCGGAAGCACUGGCACUGACUAAUCCGGAAUUGUUCAAUAUUCAGCAGCAGCAGCAGCAGCAACAGGUGCAACAUCAUCAGCAGUUACUGCAACAACAGCUUGCACUGAGUGGAUAUGGAUUUUUGGAUCAAACCGCUGCACUAGCAGCUGCGAGUAACGUCGCAACACAUGGCGACGCACCACCGACAGCAGCAGGUCUGGCCGGUAUUGGCAUGCGUCUCAUGGACGCGAGUGGGAAACUUGCGGUCAACAGCAGAGCACUUUCAUCGGCAGGUGCUGUAGCAGCAGCAUCAUCUCCGGCUUCGAACGAUGAUGGCAAUAACGAAGGACUGGAGGGCCAUGGAGAAGAUGAGGAUCAUGCCGCGUUGCAAAAUUAUGAACAGUAUCAACAGAUGAUCAAUAAUGGCACAGGAAGCGAUUACCUUUCCGUGUCCGGCCAGGACAAUUUGCUACCGUUCAAGUUUAUGAACGAUCCAGCUAUGCUGCAGCAUCACUUGCUUGACUAUGACGUUAUGGCGGAUGCAUCGAACAGCAACAGCAGUAAUAGCAAUAGCCGUUGCAGUCCCGGCACAACGGAAACAAUGGACGUAGACCAUCAGAGUGUGGUAUCGAACCAAUCGAAUUCGCGAUUUCAUCAGCACCAGCAACAGCAACGGCAACCACAAACACUUGGCAGUGGAGUAUCGUAUCCUGCUACGCUUUACGGCUGUCCAGUGCCGGUUGAGCGAUAUGCGAGUAAAAAGAUUAGACCAGUGAAGCGACCUGGCCUGGUACUGAAAACCCCUAUAGCUUACAAAGGUGACAUAGAUCCGUCGGUGAUUCCCAUACAACGCGAUGGCAUGGCAAUCUGUGAAAAAUGCGGUGCCAUCGGUGUAAAACAUUCGUUCUAUACAAAGCAACGGCGGUUUUGUAGUUUGGCAUGUGCUCGUUCAUUCGAAUCACUACGCGUGUACAGUGCACCGUUCCGAACAGGAUCUGGAAACAAAGUACCCGGCACGGCAAACGACGACAACAGCAGACAACUGGCCACGUCCUCGUCGACCGACAACACAUCGUCCUCCAGUAUCGGGUUGCUAUCGACACCGCCCGACCAACUAAUAGACGAUUCGAAUCUGUCCACGGAGAACGUGGAUAGCAAACGUGUGCCGUUACAGCAACUGCAUCAGCAUCAGGAACAAGUACAAACGAUCGGCUAUCGGUUUAAGAUGUCUGGAACAUCGCACACUCAGCCGAUAUCUGUCAGUGGCGGAGGUAUCCAUAGCAAUAGUAAUAGUCAUGAUGGCAGUAGUAGUGCCACGAAUGGUAUGUUUGGUGGUAAGCUGGUUGGUGGCGCGAGCAUGCUACAAGAACUAUUGCCACAGGAGGAAAUUCCUCAGCUACCAAAGGGGAGCCGUUUACCGUCCCCAUGUCCACAGGACGAUCGUAUCAAUAGCAUUCGUCGGAAACCGAACGAGUUUCACAAUUCUUAUGAUUGGACGCAAGCAUUAGCGGAACCAAAGUUUUACGCCGCUCCCGUCACCUGUUUCAAGCACGCGCCCGGUUACGAUAUGUGGCCGAACGUAGUGAUCGGCAUGAAGGUAGAGGUGGAAAACACGGACUGUGAUGUACCGCAGGCCCUAAUUGGUGGUAUACCGCACAGCUUCUGGGUGGCGACCGUGUUACGCAUUUGUGGUUACAAGGCGUUAUUGCGCUACGAAGGUUUCGAUGGAGAUGCUUCGAAGGAUUUCUGGGUUAAUCUAUGCUCGGCCGAAGUACAUCCGGUGGGUUGGUGUGCUACACGCGGCAAACCGCUGAUUCCACCAAAGAGCAUCGUAAAACCGUCCCCGGAUUGGAAGGAGUUUCUCGUGGCCAGGCUCUCGAAUGCGCGCACACUUCCGUCGACAUUCUACAAUAAAAUUAGUGAUAGUUUUAAGUCACGGUUUCGUGUUGGUUUGAAUCUGGAGGUAGUGGAUAAAAAUCGCAUCUCGCAAGUGAAACUAGCGACGAUCAGUAAGAUCAUCGGCAAACGAUUAUACGUACGGUAUUACGAUAGUUCACCGGAUGAUUAUGGGUUCUGGUGUCACGAGGAUUCGCCGCUGAUACAUCCCGUCGGUUGGGCAACGACGGUGGGACACAACUUGGCGGCACCGGAGGAAUACAUGGACAGGAUGAAUGCGGCAAGUGAUCAAAUUCUAGAGCCACACGAAGACGAUGCUACGAUGGACCUUUUUAAAACGAACUUCCAGUUUGAAGAGUAUUGUUACGAUGGGAAACAAACAGGGUUUGAGGAAAACAUGAAGCUGGAAGCUGUCGAUCCACUAAACCUUUCCUCGAUUUGUGUUGCCACCGUGAUGACGGUACUGAAGUUCGGCUACAUCAUGGUACGCAUCGAUUCGUACGAUCCGGACGUCAAUGGAGCAGAUUGGUUUUGCUAUCACGAAAAAUCGCCUUGCAUUUUUCCGGUUGGAUUCUGUGCAAAGAACAGUAUAACCCUAACGCCACCGAAAGGAUACGAUCAUAGUACCUUCACCUGGGAACAAUAUUUGCUGGACACCAAGUGUAAACCGGCCACGGAGGAUAUCUUUCAUCGAGACCAAAUACGGCAACGUUUUAAGGUUGGAAUGAAAUUGGAAUCUGCCGACUUAAUGGACCCAAGACUGAUCUGUGUUGCAACGAUUGCGCGGGUGGUUGGACGUUUGCUGAAGGUACACUUUGAUGGUUGGGAAGAUGAGUAUGAUCAGUGGUUGGAUAGCGAAAGUCCCGAUAUAUAUCCUAUUGGCUGGUGUGUGCUUGUCGGUCACAAAUUGGAGGGUCCACGUAUAUUGCCAAAGGUCGUACCGACGCAAAAAAUUUCACCCAAAACGACGAAAAAAGGUAAAAGAAAGAAGAAACUGAAAAUGGAGCCUCCGCAAGAUGACGAAAUAAUAGGUUGUACAUAUUAUAUCGAUAAUUUUGCAGCCCAACCAGCGCCCACGACACGAACGGCAAGAAUAAAAAAGGAACAAGAACACUUUGAGCAGCAGAAACUGUUGUCCGCAAACCCUGGCCAAUUCGACUAUAGUUCGCUCGGCCACAUGGUUUCAACCGAACUAGGCGGUCAGCUAUCGCAACAGUAUUCAAGUGACAGUGGCACCCCAUUGCUGAUGGAGAAUCAACUACAAAUGCAACAUAAUCAUCAACCACCGGAGCUGGGCAUUGGAUUGAGUGGUGGCGUCACCAGUGCAUUACACACAUUUAUCAAACACGAAACAAACCACGACACAACAACAUCGCUGCUUGGUGGAACGAGUGCGCUCGGUCCAAUCUUCGAUCAAUCGUCCAGUGGAACCACCAGUGGACCGGCAACCGCCACUGUAGGGCCGGGCAACACGGAUACGGACGAAGUAGGUAUGCGUACGGAGGACGAGGAUGGUGAGUCCAGUUCUGCUACCGGGCUUCCGUCUACAGCACCGUCGUCGGAGAUUGCGGACAACGAGAUAGAUAAAACGAUACCUCGACUUAUUCAUCACGAUUCAGCAAAUAGUGGUGGAUCACCAGACUCGGUCGGUGGUGGUGCGGCCGGUGGUCUCAGUAACUCGAACGGCAGUAACUCCGGUUUGGUCGGUGUAGGUGGCAUGCUGAACUCAACGUCCCCCUUCGGUAUGGCAGUUUCGAACAGUGGGCAGAUCAUGCCUGAAAGCUGGGAAGUGAAAGACGUUGCUACCUUUCUUACGAUCAAUGAUUGUGCCGUACAUGCGGAACAGUUUGUGCAAAACGAUAUCGAUGGCAAACGAUUGCUGGAACUCAGCAAGGACGAUAUUAUUACGUUGCUAAAUCUGAAGGUAGGCCCGGCGCUAAAAAUCUUCGAUCUCAUUCAGCAACUAAAGUGUAAAAUCGAUCCGACCAAAUUGCGCCACCUUUCUAAAGGCACUGGCAAAAAGUUUCUCUAGUAGCUAUCACUUUUGCAGUCUGCAGCUCCUUUCUAUAAAGAAUGGAUGCGUUUUUGGAUUUUUUUUUGUUUUUCUUUCUAUUUUUCUCUUAGCUUAAUUAACGUCACUGGAAACUUGAUCAACCUACACGCAUUGCCCUGUAGUUGAAUCUUUUUAUUUUUUUUUCGGUGCAGCCACCUCUCUUUCAUACACGAUCUUUUUUAUCGUGUUCUUUAUAUUUGGUUUGAACUUUUCAAUGAUAACAGAAUUACGACAGAAUUAUACUUGAAUGCAGUUCAGAGUUACUGAUCAUAGCACUGCAAUAGUUAAAAUCAGAUGAUUAUGUUCUAUAAUUUUUGUUAUAUGUCUGUUCGAGUAAAAAACUCGAAGAAAUUAGUAGUUUUGGCGCGAUACAUAACUAUUAGGCAGUCGUAUAUAGUGUUCCUUAUGGAAUCCGAGUUUUCAGUUAAAAAUAAUUGGGUUUGAAAUUUGUUUCAACCUGGAACAAAAAUACUACACAAAAGAAUCCAAUAAUGUUUCGAAAUGGCAGAGCAAACAUUACACUAUUGGCUCAUUUAAUAUUUCUAUCAAACGUUUUCUUCUAGCAACACAUACCCAGUUUUUGUACACGAUGAUGUUUUAUUCUAAUGAACUUGAAAUAUACAGAAUUUUUUCAACCACGGUUAAUGAUGGCCACUCACCUUUCAGCUACAAAUAAUAGCGUCAAAACAUCGUAUUACAAUUAGUUGUUUUAGAUUUUUCUUGCGCUAGAUGAAAGUGUCAUACUAAAUUGAUUUACUAAACAGGCAACCAAUUUCAUGAAUAAUGUAUCCAUUGAAGGAUAAUCAUUGAAAGGAAGCGUUCUUUCGAAAAAGAAAAUGUAUAGCAAAAGAAAUGUAGGAACAGUUGAUUAGUAAGUUUUGUAUAGCAAAUUCAGGAAGGAAUACAAUACAAAUCGUACUAUCAGUAGACUCAUCAGCAAACGCGUACAAUGAAACAUACCAUAAAGAAAGCACAUAUGUUAACACAACUGGAACACACGAAUCAGGGAUAUAUAUCCAGCAAAACAGCAGUUGCAUCGUACGGCGGCCUCUUAAACAACAGAGCAACAGAGAGGUUAAAACACUUUAGUUAGAGAUGAAUCUGACAGCCAUCAGAAAAACAAUACAAAUCCAGGUCUAGUAAGAUUUAAGAAUCUUCCAAGGAUAAGCCUAGCAGCAGUUUAUAAACAAAAAAAAAAACCUGAUCUUAAUCAUGCGCAACAACAGUACAGUAAAAGCAAAUUGGUUAAUUCAUAUCCAUACCAGUUUUUAUUGUACGCUUUGUUUAAAACAACACGAUAUCAAAUCAAAUUGUACUUUGCGAACGAUAUCGACCAGUCAACAACGUAACACGAAAAUAGUAAACUAAAACGUCGAUAUUGAGUUACUGCAUCAUAUUCGAUUUAUUUAACAGGUCGCUGUGUAAACUUGUAAGCAAAUAAGCCAAGCCAUAGAUCAAUCGAACUACACGAUCUACUUUUUUAUUGUUCUAUUGUUGCAUACUGCAGAGUUUUUUUAGUUGCUACCUGACUUACCGUGGACUUAUCUUGAGCUCAUGAGCUUCUUGAACUUUAAACUAUGUUUGGGCCAUUAUGGUAAAUACUUAAGUAAAAAAAUCCAAUCGAAGAAAACUCAGGCUAAGAUCAGUUCGGUAGAGAAAUGUUGUCUCCCAUCAUUGCAAAAGACAAUUGUUCAGCAAUGUUAAUUGUUGUUUGCUUGAUCCGUACAUAGCUAAAGGAUCUAUCCGAAUUCCACUUGAUACUCGUUGUAACUUCAGCCAAAAAUGAGCCACCUUGUUGCAAAGUAUCUGAAACCAGUAGAGGAUACUAAACGAUGAGAUACUAAAUUAAUUAACAGAGACAUAACCAGUCUAAUUUUAAUACGCUGCAGAACUGUAACCUUUUUAAAAUAGCACUGAUUUGUUCUAAUGUACCUUUAGUGUUGUUUUUGCAAAUCAACGUGUUUGCUAUUAAUGGCUUUUUUUUUCUCCAAACGAAAGCACACACAGCUGCUAAUGAAAGGGCACGAACGUAACAAAUCAAAACUCAAACUGCACCAAAUGUCAGGGUUAGAUUUCAUAUUAAUUUUCACACCGUUAGCUGAUUAGCAAACUACACAGUGAAAAAACAGUGAAAGCUGGUUGUAAGGUUUAUUAAAAUGAACCACUGCGCUUCUUCAGUGUGCGUGUGGACAAAAUAGAAUUGCCGGCAAAGAAAUGGAGCGUGUUGAAAGUUUAAAGUUUGGUUUAAGUUCAUUCUAGAACAUUAAACUACCUUUAUUCGGAAACAUACUGUAAAAAGCGAUAUCGUUUUAAGUACGGUAGCCUCCCUGGUUAAGUUAUCGCCAGACCAAAAUGUCUGAAGUAGAUAUUACAAUUCAUGAACCGUACAGCACAGUUGCGGAAGCUGGUGAAAUGCGAUAAUGCAGUGAAUCUGAGUGAAUGGAAUUAAAAGUUAAGCGUUGAUACACAAAGCAAAAGAUAAACUGUACAGCUAUAUUAUAGGGUGUAUGCUAGUAGGAUGAAAACAGUGCAGCACGUAUGAGUUUAGAGUAUGUAUAACACGUUAAGAUGAGAUAACUCCAAUUAACCGGAUAUGAGGAGAAUUUGAGGAGUCUGUGCGUGCAAACGCAAAAUCGAGUAAUUAUUUUAUUAAAAAAUAUAUCUACA